AUGAACAAAUUGCUUAAAAAGAUUUAUGCUGUGGGUCUCAUAACUGGGCUUUAUUUUUGUCUUUCAUUUCAUUUUGGCAGCGACUUACAGCUCAAGUCCUAUUUUCAAUACCGUCCCCCCAAAGUAGAUUUCCUUAGAGAAUUAAAAUUACACCCUGACUAUAAGAGCACAGGAUUAAAUUUCCAACCAAAACAUCCUGGAAUUAUCCCCUACAAUACAACAGUUCUUCAAAAACUAAAGACUUUGUACCCUUAUGACUCCGCCCAACCUAUCCCCAAACAAAUCUUUAAAAUGUGGAAAGUUGGACUUGAUGACCCAGAGUUUCCUCAACACUUUAGAGAAUAUCAUCAAACUUGGCUCGACAACAGUCCCGACUAUACACAUCGUGUAAUGUCAAAUGACGAACGAGAUGCUUUGGUACUUAAAUUGUAUGCUGACAUUCCUGAAAUAACCCAUGCCUACAAAAUCAUGCCUAAGACUAUGAACAGGUGCGAUUUUUCAAGCUAUUUGCUAUUGUAUGCAUUGGGAGGGAUUUAUGCUGAUAUUGAUACAAAGUUAUUGAAACCUAUCAGCAGUUGGAUCCCUAGUCAGUCACUGUACUUGGGUAAACUGCUUGAUCUAGGUCUCAUUGUUGGAAUCGAAUCUGACUACCAUAAGGGCAAUUGGGCGAGAUUUUUUGCACGCAGGUUACAAAUUGAAGCUUGGACAUUUUUGGCUAAAAAGGGACACCCAAUGCUUGCAGAAAUUAUCGACAAUAUCACUGAAUAUACUUAUUGGAGAGAAGAGACUGGAAAAUUGGCCGAGGUACUAGGGAAAGAUGAAGCUGCCGAUGUUUUGAACUGGGCAGGACCAGGGAGAUUGACUGAUCUCGUGUUCAAGUAUUUGAAUAAUAUUCUCCAGACAGAUUUUGACAGUUAUGAAAAAUUAAUCGAUGACGAGUUUCUUAUAGGCAUAAAACUUCCAGUUGUUAUAUUUGAUGCUAUGGUUUUGCCAUUAACAUGUAUGCAACCUGGAGAGCAUCUGAGAAUUCUCCAGUCGGGGAAUCUUGAUGAUCCUUUAGCAUAUAUACAUCAUAUAUCAGCAGGGCUGUGGAGAAAACACAAUAAAGGAAAAAGUAUAUAUGUUGAGUAA